CAAGUAAUUAAAGAUGAAUUUGAUAAACGAAAUCUUGAACAUAGGAGCUCCACCGUUUAUAUUCUUCUCCCUUUGUUUCUUUUUACCACUUUUUCAAUUUCUUAAGUUCUCUGUUUCUAUCUUAAGCUCAAUCUACGCCGAAGAUGUUGCCGGAAAAGUUGUUAUCAUCACCGGCGCUUCCUCCGGUAUCGGUGAGCAAUUGGCAUAUGAAUAUGCAAGAAGAGGAGCAUGCCUAGUGCUAGCAGCGAGAAGGGAACAAAGCCUCCGAGAUGUGGCUUAUAUGUGCCUUGAGCUUGGUUCACCAGAUUCCAUCACAGUUACUGCCGAUGUUUCAAUUGUUGAUGAUUGCAAACGAAUUGUUGAUUCCACCAUAUCACACUUCGGAAGGGUGGACCAUCUGGUGAAUAAUGCUGGCAUUACAUCAAUUAGCAUGAUCGAAGAUUAUGAAGACAUCAUUAUCCCAACAUCCAUCAUGGAUAUCAAUUUUUGGGGUGCUGUAUAUGUAACUCAUUUUGCGAUUCCACACCUUAGAAAAACUGAGGGAAAGAUCAUUGUCAUGUCUUCCUCGGCUGCUAGGUUACCAACCCCACGAAUGAGUAUUUACAAUGCAAGCAAAGCAGCAAUGAUAGCCUUCUAUGAGACAUUAAGGGUAGAGCUCGGGUCAGAUAUUCAAAUAACUAUAGCAACUCCUGGAUUUGUAGAGUCUGAAAUGACAAAAGGGAAGCACCUUGCACCCGAAGGUUUGAUGAAUGUGGAUGUGAACUUGAGAGAUGUGCAAGUAAGUGCAUUACCAAUAAUCACGGGACAAAGGUGCGCGAAGGCCAUAAUAAACAGUGCAUGUAGGGGUGAUAGAUAUGUGACGGAACCAACAUGGUAUAAGGUAUUCAGCUGGUGGAAAGCAUUUACUCCGGAGCUCCUGGACUGGUUUUUCUCCGCGUUCUAUCUUAUCAAGAUUGGUGAUUCAUCCUUUAAUUCAUUAAGCAAGAUGAUAUUGGAUCUCCCUGGGUUAAGGGCUAUGGUUUAUCCAUCUUCGGUCUACUCACCCGGAGUCAAAACCAAGUAAUAUGUUGCUCUUGUAAUGUUUGUUGUGUCUUAAUCGUCUAGCUAGAUAGCCAAAAACAUAAAAUUGUUAGUUCUUUCAUCAUGGACUUGCAAUAAUUAUACCUUUUAUUACAUAGUAGAAAAUAUAUAUUAUGUAUUGGGCUAGUUUAUAUUACGUGGUUCAUUGGAUGUCCUACUAAUGCAAGUUAUUACUCUAGGAAAUUAUAUUAUGUACCAUAAGCUCAUAUAUAAAGUACUAGCUAUUCUUGUU